AUGUUUGCAAGUAUUUUACUUCGAUUUUAUACAUUUUUAUACAUUUUGUUUAUUAACAUCGAAUGCUCUCUUCUCUCGCGAGUCAAAAAUCCAGUUGAACAUUUUCCUGAGACAACUCCAAUCCCUGUGCUGCCUAAAAAUAUUUACAGAUAUGAACCGUAUCGGGGCCACAAAACCCUUUGGGCAUCUACCCAUACAAGUGAAACGACUACACAACGAGAAGAUCUACCACGACCUACGAGGACGUAUUCCCCUCCUAAGAAACCACAAAAUUACAAGGCGACGCCUCGCGAUGAUACCAAGACGACAACGAAACGACAUUUUUGGCAUCAUUUUGAUGAUGCAGCAGAAGAAUGGCCAAAAGUUGUUUUGAUAACAUCAAGCACGCCAAGAUUAACAACUACAAAGGCAAGAAAAAAAGUAUUUCCAACUUACUUCCCUCAGUUACGUUUAUUACCUAUAGAACAAACUGAGACAGAAAUCAAAGACGCUGAUAAUGACGAAGAACAAAAAUAUGUCGUUGGAGGCGAGAACAAUGUUACAAAUUACAUAGGAACAGUUACACGUACAUUAAAUUACGAGCCAGAAAUUGAGGAAGUGACAGAAGAUUACGAUGAAAUGCGAUUGUAUUCGGUUACAGAACCCAUAAAUACUACAAUUUUCAUUCAUCUUCGUACUAAAAGCAAAGGCAGGCAAGGAGGAGUAACCACUACUACUUUUAAUACGGGUGAAACCGUUAAACAGACGACGACAGUCAAAACAUCAUCAACUGUAAGUACAUCGACAGCUCGAUCCACUCCUGGAACACAAGACCAAAAACUGGUUGCAGCCGUUGUAAGGAAAUGCUACCAGUGCGGCUUGAACAUUACCGAUAUCCCAAGACCACCAACUUGUCACCAAAUUUUUGACAAUGCUAAACGCCAUUAUCAAUAUUUAAAGGCAGGACACAAAGUUGUGUGUAAAGGAAAGGUGUGGACUAAAGGUAGUAAGAAAGUUAAACGAUCGCAUGAAUUUGAUGUACACCCAAGGAAGCUUUACAAAGAGGGUUGUUUCAAGCGAUUUCUUGACGUCGGCGAAGUUUAUGAUGAAAGGGGUUGCCGAACAAUGCCGCCACAACUGGGAAAGACUUUCGCAUCCGAUAGAUUCAUGAGUCUUGAGAAGUCUGCGCAUGCAAUGACCGACGGUUGUGUCUCCAGCCCACAUGCUUCCUUGACACCCUUCAGCAGGGGUGUCUCCUUGUACGCUCGAUAUCACGUCUGUGUGUGUAAAGAAGACUAUUGCAACAAUGCACAAGAUAGCAACAAAUCUCUGGGUCUACUUAUUAUAAAUAUAUUUACAAACAUAUAUUUUAAUACGUGAAAUGUGUCACGCACCUAUGAGUCAACAACACCUGGAACACCUGGAAUUUACCAGUCACCUAUGGAUCACACAACGAUUCAAAAAAUC